ACGAUGGUUUGGCAACCACCAUCAAGACUUCAAGAAGAAGAAGAAGAGGAGGAAUGAGGAGGUUGUCUAUGGUUGACAGUGAAAUAACGACGAAGGCUAGCUGAAAAUGGAAAACCCACGCUGGUUACCCCUGGAGGCGAAUCCAGAGGUCAUGUCAAAAUUCCUCCAUAGUUUGGGUAUGCUUCCAACAUGGCAGUUUGGGGACGUAUAUGGAUUGGAUCCAGAGCUCCUCAGCAUGGUACCAAGACCAGUGUGUGCAGUUCUACUCCUCUUCCCUCUGACAGAGAAGUAUGAGGCGUUCAAGCAGCAAGAGGAAGAGAGAAUUAAGGCGCAGGGACAGGAGCUCUCUCCUAAUGUCUACUUCAUAAAGCAAACCAUUGGAAAUGCCUGUGGAACAAUAGGGUUAAUUCAUGCUGUGGCAAACAACCUGGCACAUCUGGAAUUUGAGCCUGAUUGUCCUCUUAAGAAGUUUUUGGACCAAACCACAAAAAUGAGCCCAGAGGAAAAGGCUGCCUUCCUUGAAAAAGAUGAGAGUAUACGCGUUACACAUGAAUCCAGCGCACAGGAAGGACAGACUGAGGCCCCAAGCAUAGAUGAGAAAGUAAAUCUGCAUUUUAUAGCUUUGGUGAAUGUUGAAGGACAGCUAUAUGAACUGGAUGGCCGCAAGCCGUUCCCCAUUGUCCACGGAAAAACCUCUGAAGACGCUUUCCUUGAGGAUGCUAUAGAGGUGUGUAAGACUUUUAUGGCUCGUGACCCUCAGGAGCUUCGGUUCACAGUCAUCGCCCUCUCCAAAGAUUCAUACUGACGAGACUUCCUUGUGACCACUAAGAAAAAGAAGAAAACGCAACUGCCAAUCAAACUCAAGUGCUGACUUUAUUUGAAAAUUAGAAUUUUUACGAAGUAGUUUAGCCUGUGUUGUGGAGAAAAUAAUAAACCCUAAGGUAUAUCAUUCUAAGAUAAUGUUCACUUUGUUAUACUUGUAAGUUGCGCGCAUUCUUUUAAAGGAUUCAGAAUGUUGCUGUGCAACUAAAAAUGGCUUGUGUAAGAUCAAAGUACACCAGUUUCCAUCGCUGAAAGAUCCCAGUAACUGUAGGCUGCUGCAGAUUUCAUUUGUACUGCCUUGCCCUGCACUAAAGUUUGUUUACAUUAUAUUUGACAGUCAUUGGUCAAAAUUGCAAACAUUGGGGCAAUAUUUCCCAAAUGACAGAGUGAACUGAAUUAAAAGUGAUAUGAGGUGAUGUUUGUUUAAGCCAAUAUCAUAAAAACCUUUCAGAAACAAGUUUUACUUGGCCUUGAUAAUUACAGUUAAUUGCGUAACAGUUUUGAACACAGGUAGGCCUAAAGCUGUAUAUGCGGUUAUGGUGUUAUGAAGAGCUUGCUGAUCAAGGGAGCUUGCCUGCUCUUAUAUGCAAGGCGAACUGAUUUACUUGGGAUAUAUGAGAUAAAAAAAAAAAAAUGGAAGUGACGCAUUUAUGCAGAAGGUGCCUACAUUUUUUUAAGAAGUGUUAGACAUUCUGUCAAAUAAAAAGCAAAUUUAUUAAACA